AUGAAGAUAUACGAAGAACUACGGUUCAUCAAGACGCAACUAAGGACAUUAUUUACGAUACCGCCGAUACUAGUAGCUGUCGGAUCCAUGACGCAGGACUGGUGGGACGAGAUAGUCCAAAUACCGGCAUACAACGCUAACGGACGCCUCAUACAAUUGGACGAAAACUUCCUAGAGACGCAUCGCAGAGGAACUACAAAUCCUCGAUCGGAAUCGCGACAGAAAGGCGGACUACCUUAA